UCUGUGUCUGGAGAAAGUGGACAUCCAAUCUCAUCUUCCUGCUCUCUCUCUUGUCAGGGACCACCGGUACUCUUCUCUGAAAUUAAUUCUCACCCCCAGCCUCACCCCCAACCUCACCCCCUUGCCAACACUCAACCACAGUCUGCCCCAGAUGCUCCAUCCCUGGGCAGGGGGGGCCAGCUGGUUUCUACCCAGGAUGGAGGGACCAUAGCCAGGCAGGCUUGCGGCCACAUGGAGGGUAACGCUGGAGAGGAGGAAGAGGAGUGUCCAGUGAGAGACACCAGCGCCCAGACCUGCUUUAACAUACAAACACACACCCAGCUGGCAUACACACACCCACACACACACAUAGAUCCAGUCCCUGUACAGGCAUACUUACAACACACACAUCCAGGUGUGGCUCCCAACCACACACACUCGUACACACGCAUGCCGCUGGCGCUGGGCUCUAAGGGCUGUAGUCCAGAGGGAACCGCUCGGCAGGUGAUGACUGUUCAGUACCUCCUUGGAGAGUUGAAGGCUCUGCUCGCUGGCCAAGACAGUGUAGCAGAGCGUCUGAUGUGUGAGCUGGAGCAGACAGUGUCUCUACUUCCUGUCAUGGUGGGCAGUUCUAACAUCCAGGCUGAGAUUGCUCUGGUCCUGCAACCUCUACGCAGUGAGAACGCACUGCUACGCAGGUCAGCACCAUCACCCAGGCGUCUGAGGAUAGUGAACCAACAGUUGCAGGAGAGAGAGCGAGCAGAGAGGGAGGCCAGAGAUGUCCACUGUGACACUGACGUGUCGGCUCUGCAGUCGGAGCUCCACGAUGCUCACACAAGCCUGCAAGAGCUGCAGCGUGGCAACACUGAGCUACGGCAAGCCCUGGUGGACACACAGAGCCAGCUGCAGCAGAGUGAGGCGGAGUGCAGUCGUAUCAGUAAAGACGUGCAGUCUGCUCUGGGUGAGGUGCAGGGCUGUAACCGCAGGCUGCAGGAGUGUCAGAAGGAGAAUGCUGCACUGGUCCUCAACACCCAGAAGAGGGAGACAGAGAUCCACACACUACAGGAGCACCUCAGAGCUCUACAGGUCCCUGUCACUGAGUCUCCUGCUGUGACUGACAUCCCUACGUCCCGCCUCCCUCUCACGAAACGAGCUCUGGACCAAUACCAGGACCAGCAGGGUCCGUCAGACCACCCAGUCAGCCAAUACCUGUGGUCGUUGGAACAGAAGGGGUGUGGUUCUGUCUCCCUGCCCUGUAAAGGCCCUGAGUGCAACUACACACACCAGCAGGACUUCAGUGUGUGUACACCAGCUGGUCAGAGUGUGUGUGCUUCUGCGGAUCAGGAAGUGGGUCUGUGUGUGGCUCUGGAAAGAAAAGCCACCCCACCUUUGGCCUUCGCCCCACUGAGAGAGACUGUGAGGUCACCACUUCCUGUUGAGGGGUUACCGCUUCCUGUGAUGUCACAGAGAGGAGGGGGGUCACCACUUACUGUGAUGAUGUCACAGAGAGGAGGAGGACCACAGGGUCUUCAGAGCCUUAGUGUUGCCCUCGAGAGUUUCCCUCAAUUAAAAAGCCUAUUAUCUAAUAUCCACCAAUCAAACGGACUCUGCUCUAAUGGCGCUGGACACUCUGACCUGUCCCAGAGUCACCGUCUGGACAUGGAUAUGGCAUCACCGGGCAAGGGGCGGAACUCUUCGCUUGACUCCACUGGCCUCUCCUUAUGCGAGGUCAGAUCCUUGGCUUCUGAUUGGAGUGCAGGGUCAAGCUCGACCUUUGACACGCGUGACGAACAGGAGUUCCGUAACGGGCUGGCCGCUCUGGAUGCCAGCAUUGCCAGCUUGCAGAGAACUAUAAAGCAGGACCUUAAGCGAUGAGACAGACACACACAGCGAGGUAGUCUGAAUCUAUUCCAAUGUAAUAAAAU